AGCACGCGACAAACAGCUGAAGGAGCAGAGAGUGAACGCAGCUCGCGGACUCGCGGCACUUUGUUCUCCGUUUUCUGGCACCAUGUGGGCGCGAGCUGUGCUGUGCGCGGCGCUGCUGUCCGCGCUCUGCCCGGCGGGGAGGACGGAAGCCGAGAGGGACGAGAGAGACGUCCAAGACUACCACUACACCAACUCCAACAGACUGCUCGGCGCUCUACACGAAGUGUUGGAGAAACUGCAGACUAAGAGGAUUAAUCCCUGGGAGAAGAAGUAUGGACAGGUCCCCUCUUGUGACCUCGGGGAACACUGCGCAGUCAGGAAAGGAUCUCGUAUCGGGAAGAUGUGCGACUGUCCUCGAGGAGCUUUCUGCAACUUCUUCCUGCUGAAGUGCUUAUGAGCCAAUCAGACCCCCAAGAGCAGCGAGAGUAUAUUUUAAAAUGUAUAUAUUUACAAAUAUAUAUAUAUAAAGUCUGACGUUAUGUAAAGUAGCCUUUAGAGUGGAAUAAAUCCUUCAUCAUCAUGUGUGUGAACAUGAUCUGUUUGUCCAGUUGUGUUGUGGCAUUAAAGGUGUUCUCUCUUUC